AUGGCGAAGCGGUGGUGUCGGCUGCGUGGGGAGGCCUGGGCCGCCUGCCUGGGGCUCUGCGGGGCGGCGCUGGCCCUGCUGGCCGUGCUGCUGGUGCGGGCCUACGUCCUCGCCCCCCGCCCCCCGCCCGACCCGCGGCUCUGGGGGCGGCGAGCCGCGCUGGGCUUCGAGCUCAGCGCCCGCGACAGACAGGAGCUGAAGGAGGCGCUGAGAGGUGCCAUCAAAAUCCAAACAGUUUCCUUCUCUCCAGAGGACCAAAAUACAACAGCCUUGGCAGAAUUUGGGAAUUAUAUUAAAAAAGUUUUUCCUGCUGUAUUUUCUACCAAGUUCAUUCAACAUGAGAUCAUCGGGGGAUACAGCCAUCUCUUCACUGUCCAGGGUUCUGACCCCCAGCUCAUGCCCUACAUGCUGCUUGCUCACAUGGAUGUAGUCCCAGCUUCCCAAGAGGGGUGGCAUGUCCCUCCUUUCUCGGCUAAGGAACUUGAUGGUUUCAUCUAUGGACGAGGAACAGUGGACAACAAAAAUUCUGCUAUAGGUAUUCUGCAAGCUCUAGAAUUCCUGCUGAGAAGAGACUACAGACCUCGCAGAUCUUUCUAUAUUGGCAUUGGACAUGAUGAAGAGGUAUCUGGUCAUAAGGGAGCAAUGAAGAUUGCAGCUCUGCUGAAAACUAGAGGAGUGAAGCUUUCGUUCCUGCUAGAUGAGGGAAGCGUUAUCUUAGAUGGGUUCUUGGUGGGAAUAAAGAAUCCAGUAGCAGUAAUAGCUAUCACAGAGAAGGGUUCAAUUACAGCGAACUUCAGUGUGGAAAAAGAGCAAGGUCAUUCCUCUGUCCCUCCUAAGGAGACGAGUAUCGGUAUUCUUGCAGCGGCAUUGUCCAGGUUGGAGCAGAAUCCCAUGCCCAAUCUGUUUGGCCGUGAACCAGAAAUCAUGAUUCUUGAGCACUUGGCUUCAGAGUUCCGUUUUCCUCUCAAUCUCGUCAUGACCAACCUGUGGCUGUUCUCGCCCAUCGUCAGCAGAAUUUUCGAGCAGAAGCCCUCCACUAAUGCCUUGAUUCGGACCACCACAGCAAUCACCAUGUUUAAUGCAGGAAUCAAGUCCAAUGUCAUCCCACCUUCCGCAAAAGCAACUGUGAAUUUUCGGAUCCACCCAUCACAAAAGGUUGAAGAGGUGCUAGAGAUAGUCAAAAACACUAUUGCUGAUGACAGAGUAAAGAUACAUCUACAGGAAGCCUUUGACCCACUCCCUGUCAGCCCCUGGGAUAAUCAUGUCUUUGGAGUCCAGAUUAUCCAAAGAACCCUACUGGAUGUUUUCCCCGAUGUCAGCAACGUAGCUCCAGGUAUUUGUAUUGGAAACACAGACAGCCGGCACUUCACUAAUCUCACAGCUGCCAUUUAUCGAUUUAACCCACUAGUAUUUAAACCGGACGAUUUACCCAGAGUCCAUGGCUUGAAUGAGAGGAUCUCAAUUGAGGGCUAUGAGAAACAAGUGGAGUUUCUCUACCAGCUGAUUCAGAACUCUGAUAUCAACAAGCUCCCAGAGCCUCAUGCAAACUCCCAUGAGCUGUUGAGCAAAAGAAAUGGGGAGAGGAGCAGCUAUUGAGGUGACUCAUGGGAUGGCAGUGACUUGGGGUAUACAAAACAGCUACUUAUUGACAUUGCACUGUGUUCUGGAACUAGGUUAUUGUGGAUGGUAAUUUGCAUAGAGAUGAAAAGCAAUGAGGCUGCUGUCAGCAGAUACAAAGCCUGCCAAAAAGUAAAGGGAAACUUGAAAUGGCAGAAGAGAAUUGGAGCAAUGGAAAAAGCCUCUGAUCUUCACACCAACUCAUCUCCCUACCUUCACCUGCAGCCAUUAGAUACAUGCUAAUAUUAAAGGGAAAUGCUAUGGGAUGGAGCUUGGGGGAGGGAAUGUUAAGGAGACACAGAACAAGCACAACAUGGAAAAACUGUGGAAAUGGCCAGAAAAUAAAGAUUUAUUUUCUGGAAAAAUCCAUCUCCUUUCAUAACCCCACUCCUUUACUGUACCACAAAAUUCACCCCAGUGGAAAGAGUCAGUGCAAGGCUUAGGCACCACCC